UAAAUGUUUAGCCUGGUGUCCGGUGGUAAACAGUCAUUGGUAGUUCCCGGAGUGGCCACCAGUGUCGGGACUCACCAGCUUGAACCUUGAGUGUCGCCUCCUCGCCUUUGUACUUCUUAUAACUCCUUCUUAUUAUCUUCCAGAUUUAACACAAAAUGGCUGAGGAUGAUAAUAUAGAGAUUGAGCCUGUGGCGGAAGAAGAAGAACAAUCAACAAACUACAAACCCCCACCAGAGAAAACUCUGGAGGAGAUGAUCAGCAAGGAUGCUGACGAUGAAAGUCUCCGCAAGUACAAGGAGACGCUUCUGGGGAGUUCUGUUGCUGGGGCCUUAGUUCUUGAACCAGAUAAUCCAAAUCGUGUGAUGGUGAGGAAACUAGUAUUGCUAGCAGAUGGUCGACCUGACAUGGAGUUGGACCUUACCGGUGACCUUGAUAAACUCAAGGAGUCCUGCUUUACCAUAAAGGAGGGUAUAAGCUACAAGAUUCGUAUCGACUUCCACGUGCAGCGUGAGAUUGUGACCGGUAUGAAGUAUGUCCAACGAACUUUUAGGAAGGGUAUUCUUGUGGACAAGAUGGCUCACAUGGUUGGCUCUUAUGCACCAAAGGAGGAAAUUCAGUCAUAUACAACGCCCAUGGAAGAUGCCCCUUCAGGAUUAAUUGCUCGUGGACAUUACACGGUGAAGUCCCUCUUCACAGACGAUGAUGGCAACGAACACCUCAAGUGGAAAUGGGCCUUUAACAUCAAGGAGAACUGGAACUGAAGGCUCGCCUAAAUGGUGGGCGCUUAAUAUGUAGGGCAUGUGAGAAUGGAGCGUAGAGGACUGUAUGUUCAUAGAGACACAAAUAAUGGUGUUCAGUCAGAAAAUUUAGGACAUUAUUGGCAUUUUUCUUACAAAGGUUUGAGUGUUAGACAAAGUACAGAAUACAAACACAUCGGAGUUGAUGCCUACCGUAGCUUCAUAAUUCAGUCAUCCCUCUAAGGUGGUGUUUAAAUUGCCUCUACUUUUAAAUGAUUGGCAAUAUUGAUUCAGCAGAGUUUUGGUCAGAAUGAAGUAGGUGUGGUAAAUUAUCUUUGAAGCAUAUCUGCAUAUGAACAUGUAUAUGCUCAGGCAUUCAGACAAUAGAGAGUUAACUUGUAAGUUUUGUCAGUUUGCUUAUACAGUAAUUGUAUUGUAUAAUUUGGUCAUUGUAAGCAGUCUGGGCAGUUGAAGAGCCUGUUGACCUGCUUAAUUUCUAGCAGUCAAUGCUGAACCUUUACAUUACUUUAUGUACCUAAUAGGUAGAUUAAGUCCUGCAUUAGAGUUAGAAUUCAGCAUCUUUAGUUUUGUUUGAUGAUUUUCCAUUGAUACAGCUCAGCCCCCUAUGAUGGUUUGCUGCCUAUAACCUUAUUGUGAGGCUGCCACACUGAAGGUGACUAUCGGCGGACAAAGCGCACAACUUUUGCAACCAUUUUUUAGAGCUGCUUCAGUUAGUGAAGACACUGUAGCAGUUAAACCACUUAGUGUUCCCAGCCUUUAUGUUGUCGUGUUCAAAUAUUCAGUUUCUAUUGUUUGUGAGCAUAAUUAGUUUAACAAAUUUUGCACUGCUAAGUCUAAUUAUUUGACAAGGUUGUAAUUAAUUUUGUAUUAGGAGUUGUUUACUUUAGAAGAUAUUCUCUAACAUAUGGUAAUAUGUGGCCUGCAUACGUGUCUUUGUGCCCAGGUGCGUUGUAAUCCAGGUGAGUAUUUUUAACACAGAUGUUCCUUUUAGUAAUUUCUGGAAAGGAAUACCUUUACAUUUUCCCCAUAAACAUGAUGUAUUGAUUUUUAGUACAGUACUGUUCCUCUCAAUAGUGUAUGAUAACAGUGAUCCCAAAAUUUCUUACCUAUCAUGAAUAAGCUGUGCCAUUGAUAGUCUAUAAGGAAUAUAUUUGAAAUAAAUCAGUGCACAAAUAGCAAAGUAUGAUUAAAUAUGUGCAAAGCUAGUUGUAUUGCUUAAGACAAGCAUACAUCUUCCAUUGUAUGAUGUUAAUAAAGUUUACCUAGUCGUAGCUGUGUGAAAGUGAACUGGAAUUAUUACUUUAUACAGAUACUCUUAAAAGUUUUGUUAACAUCUGAUGAUGUCAUCUCCCACUUAGGGGUAAGUUGUGUGUACAGUACUUAAUGAGGUAGAGUCACAGUGGUUUACACAAAUUACAUUCUCUGUACCAAUUGAGACAAUCACUGUGAAACAAAAUUAUUAAAGUGGUCUUAAAAAGUUUUUAUUUUUGAACAUUUAGAGAAAGUAUUUAUAAAGUAAGACUUAAAGGAUUUUCAAUUUUGUUUUGUACCAAAAUACUUUAACUCUAGUAUGGUCUUAUUACACAGCUUUGAAGGCCCUUUGUAAUUUAUACUGUUGAACUUGCUACAAUGGAAUCAGUAGGCUUAGGUGUCAGCAUCCCAUUCAUUUCAAGUAAAUAAAACUUUUUAAUUCUUGGUCAUCAACAUAUGUUUUUGCUUACAAGAAUCACGGUGUACAAAACGUUAUGGCUGGUCUAGACAUGGUUUUCGUGACAGACUUAAAGCCUAUCAAUAAUUCCUGAUUCUGUGAUAAAAUUUUUGGUACGAACUUUCUUACUUGCUUUUCCACUUUUUUAACGGCAACCGCUUGGGUGAAUGUUUAACCUGGUGAUGUUAUUAGUAGUGCCUUUAAGUUGUUUCUCUGUGUAUUUAGAUUGUCACACUUCUUGUGUCAAUAAAUUGUAUCUUAUUUAUAUUAACUUAAAUUUAUUUUGCCUAUUUUAAAAGGAUUUAUCAAUUCCUGCAUUCUGAAAUAUGGCAACCUGGAUAGUUGAGCAAGAUCAUUCUGUCCAAUUGUACUCACCAUAAAAGUUCACAAAGCUUUUUGGUAUAAACACAAGAUUAUUUUCUAGGUAACUGCUGUGACUUUCAUUAUGUGUAAGAUUUGAGAUUUUAUUAUUCUAUUUUACAUAGAGCCCAUAAGUGGGAGUGUAAAGUGUUGCCAGGUUAGUACAGUACUGCUUCACGAAAUUGAAUGGUGUAAAACACAGAGGUCUUCAACACCUCUCUUUAGUAGACUUAGGAAACAAGGAUAUUUAAUCAGUUAUGAAUGCCAUUGAUUAAUCCUGAUAAAAUUUAAGUAUAAUUGGGAUUUUUGUUUUUCUUCAAUUUGCAGGAUAUCAGGAGAAUUGAUGAUUUGGAAAGUGAAAUGUAUUUUUUCUUGAUUUUACAAAAUUAUCUGGGUUAGCAGAACAACAGUACGGUACAGUAUAGACUAAGAAUAUUUCUUGUGAAGAAUUGAAGUGACUCGACUCCCUUCCAGAAGCAUGGCAUCCGUUUCUCAGUUGGAGUUUUACAAAAAAAUAUAUAAAUUUCUCAUUAACCAAGAAAUGAUAGUACUUUAAUGUGAAUUGUUGAAGUCCAUAAUUGACUUAAAACUAUUGUUAAUUGAAAUCUUGUUGUUGACAAAAUUAUAAUUACCUGAAACCCAGUUAAGCAAAACUUUGGAUUAUUUGUUUUGGGGGAAGUUAUGUCUCAAAUUUCAUAAAUCUGAUAUUUGAGUGUUUCUUUGAGUCCAUGUUAAAUGCCAUUUGCUUUGUUUCACUGGGUCAUAGAAAGUGGACAUGAAUUAGUCAAAUGGAUGAUUAAAGAAACUUAAGGUGGUUGUCGGCAGCCAUCAUGAUGGUUAUUGCAAAAGAACCAGUAUUUAAAUACCAACAUUGUCAAUGUGCUAGCAAAAAUGUUAUGGGGGCAAUAAACGUUUAUAAUUUUUA